ACCAACAGGGUAGCCACCAGUAUGGAAUGGAACCAGCUGCGCUAGGAGUAUUUUCCUUUCCCUAUAUAUAGUAGUGUUUGAUUCUCAGGUCCACAAAUCGACAACACCGAUCAACAGGCCGGCGUCCAUCCUGCAGUAUUGCCGCCGAUAACUGUUUUGACACACAAUCAGGCCGGAUAGAUGGCGUCGGAGAAGAGCAAGAUCCUGGUGGUCGGCGGCACGGGGUACCUGGGCCGGCACGUCGUGGCGGCGAGCGCGCGGCUGGGCCACCCCACCGUCGCGCUCGUCAGGGACACGGCGCCCUCCGACCCGGCCAAGGCGGCGCUGCUCCAGAGCUUCCAGGACGCCGGCGUGACGCUCGUCAAGGGCGACCUCUACGACCAGGCUAGCCUUGUCAGCGCCGUGAAGGGCGCCGACGUGGUCAUCUCCACGCUCGGGUCGCUGCAGAUCGCCGACCAGACCCGGCUCAUCGACGCCAUCAAGGAGGCCGGCAACGUCAAGAGGUUCUUCCCGUCGGAGUUCGGCCUGGACGUGGACCGCACGGGGAUCGUGGAGCCGGGCAAGUCGAUCCUCGCCGGCAAGGUGGGCAUCCGGCGCGCCACCGAGGCCGCGGGCAUCCCCUACACGUACGCCCUGGCGGGCUACUUCGCGGGGUACGCGCUCCCCAACGUCGGGCAGCUCCUGGCGCCCGGCCCGCCCACGGACAAGGCGGUGGUCCUCGGCGACGGCGACACCAAGGUGGUGUUCGUGGAGGAGGGGGACAUCGGGACGUACACGGUGCUGGCCGCCGACGACCCGCGCGCCGAGAACAAGACGCUGUACAUCAAGCCCCCCGCCAACACGCUGUCGCACAACGAGCUGCUGUCGCUGUGGGAGAAGAAGACCGGCAAGACGUUCCAGCGGGAGUACGUGCCUGAGGAAGCCGUGCUCAAGCAGAUCCAAGAGUCGCCGAUCCCGCUGAACAUCAUCCUGGCGAUCGGGCACGCGGCGUACGUGCGGGGGGAGCAGACGGGCUUCGAGAUCGACCCGGCCAAGAGGGUGGACGCCACCGAGCUGUACCCGGACGUCAAGUACACCACCGUCGACGAGUACCUGAACCGCUUCCUCUGAAGUCUGAAAAAACAGGACGACGAUGUGUGAUGUGGACGUCCCAAUCGUGAUGAUGAGUUCGUCAGCUGCUACUGCUAGUCACUAGCGACGACGUGUGUCUGAUGGAUCUAGCGUGCCUACUUUUUGUUGCUUUGAGGGAUCUAGCGUGCCUGCUUGUUGUAAUGGCCUCACCUUUUCCUCGAUUCUACGCCAAUAUAAUAAGAACCCGGCUUCCUUCGAUCGGUUUGUUGCUUUCA